AUGAAUUCCAAAGCCGUCGUUGAGGAACUGCCGAAGAUCGCUCCUUUGAAGACCCGGGUGGCCCGAGAUAACCCGCUGCCGGAUGAUGGUACAGCCGCCGCCGCCGCGCCGGCGGCGAAUGUGGAGGAGGAGGCGUGUGUGACGCCGAGAUUGGAGGCCAACUUGCUGAAGCCGGCCAUGGUUUGCCCUCCGGCGCCGAGGAAGCCCCGGCCAGCGAAGAGGAAGAGGCCCCCCUCGCCGGAGAGCUUCUUCCCCGUCCCCCGAGAUCUCAGUUCAGUGUUCUCCCCCGUUUCGUAUCGUCCCAAGAAGAGAAUUCGCGCUGGCUGA